GGCAGUCGGGAAGAUGGCGCAGCGUCUGUUGCGGAGGGCGGCGCGUGGAGCGGUGGCAGCGACGACGGCGCAGCCCCGGCUGACAGCCUCCCUGGCCGCUGGUGCCUGCAGGCGCGGCUACAGCCUCUGGCCCAAUCGCAAGUACAUUCCUCGGAGGGCAGUACUCUAUGUCCCUGGGAAUGAUGAAAAGAAAAUAAGGAAGAUUCCAAAGCUGGAAGUAGAUUGUGCUGUGCUCGAUUGUGAGGAUGGUGUUGCUGUGAAUAAAAAGAAUGAAGCUCGAAUCAGAAUAGUGAAAACACUUGAAGAGUUUGAUCUGGGUCCAACUGAAAAGUGUGUUCGAGUAAACUCGGUAUCCAGUGGCCUGGCUGGAGCUGACCUGGAGACUCUCCUCCAGUCCCGAGUCCUGCCAUCCAGCCUAAUGCUACCGAAAGUGGAGGGUCCUGAAGAAAUUCAGUGGUUUUUAGACAAAUUCUCAUUCCACUUAAAAGGCCGAAAACUUGAACAACCAAUGAAUUUAAUCCCCUUUGUGGAAACUGCAAUGGGUUUGCUCAAUUUUAAGGCAGUGUGUGAAGAAACAGUAAAGAUUGGGCCUCCACUGGGCCUUUUUCUAGACGCAGUGGUUUUUGGAGGAGAAGAUUUUCGAGCCAGCAUAGGAGCAACAAGUAGUAAAGAGACCCAGGACAUCCUCUAUGCCCGGCAGAAGAUUGUUGUGGUAGCAAAGGCCUUCGGCCUACAAGCCAUUGAUCUGGUGUACAUCGACUUCCGGGAUGGAGACGGCCUUCUCAAACAGUCAAGACAGGGAGCUGCCAUGGGCUUCACUGGUAAGCAGGUGAUCCACCCCAACCAAAUCCCCAUCGUCCAGGAGCAGUUCACUCCCUCCCCAGAGAAAAUCCAGUGGGCUAAGGAACUGAUUGCUGCCUUUAACGAGCACCAGCAAUUAGGAAAGGGAGCUUUUACUUUCCGAGGGAGUAUGAUCGACAUGCCAUUACUGAAGCAGGCCCAGAACAUUGUUACGCUUGCCACAUCCAUCAGGGAAAAAUGAUCUGUUAAAUGAAGCUCUCAUCAGGUGGGCCGAACAUAUACAGUGUGUUUCUUAAAGACAAACUGUAAUACUCAAGGCAACUUGUUAGCAUGCCAGAUUGGGCCUCCCUCCAUUUACAGUUCAUGGUAAUCACGGAGCGUUGUUGUUAUUGUCUUACUGGCCAAUUAUUCCUCUAAAAAUGAACUUUCUUACUUUGGGGGUCCAAGCUCAUGAUUUUAUUGUUAUUUAUUAAUAUGUUACAAAUAGAGAUUUAUAAUUUCAUGGGGAAUGUAGAAAUCCUUGGGAAAUAGAAAUCCUAGACGGGCAAUGAGAAGAAAUUAAACCUUCAGGAAAACAGAUCUUCCCCAAUACACAAACUGCCUCCAUCCUCCUUGGGUUAUAUUUCACUAGUAAUCUGAUCGAAACAAGAGUGAUGGCGUUGAAAACAUUAUGAAGUGUUAUAUUGACUUGAUACCUUCACAAAUAAAACCUUCAAAACUGUUUUCUACGAACCUCCAUCCCACAGAUAGUACCUCCAUACCCUCCCACCGCAGGGUCGUGAACUGGAAGCCCUCCUCUUGGAAGAAUAAUCAACAGUCACCAGCAAUUAAAAAUAAUAAUAAAUGUGCACAAACACAAGACCAUCCACUCUCCCCUUUCUUUUCCCGUUGAACUGUUAGCCAUUGAAGUCAUCGCCCCCUCUCCCCACCCCCGUAAACGUAUGGCCAGGACAGGACUCCUUCAGCCAUAAACUUGUAGCGUCUAGGAAGACACAAAGCCACGAGCCUGGUGCAUGCGGGCCCCCUCGAGAUUUGCAUCACAUUAGAGGUGCUGCUCCAGGUCAUAUGGGUGGUGUGGUUAACGGGCUUAGUAAAGCUGUUUUGAAGAGGUUAACCCAGCUUGUAGUAAGGGUAAAUAAACAUAACAACCAGCCAUUGUUCCCUAUUCAGCAUGUACUCUUAUAUUGAAAGCUAAAGGGUAUUGAAGCCGCAAGGAUCAACUUGUGCGUGCCAGAGGACGCCAAUGAAGUUUGAAACACCAACAAUCAGAGAUUUUGUUUCUGUUCCUCAUUAAAUCAUGAGCUUUUGUGUGGA